AGUUUUUAUUUCAAACUUUUUUUCCUAUGACGUUUCAUGCUUUAGUUUGGCAUAGCAAGUGCAGUAGAGAUUGUUUGGAGAUUGGCUUGGAUAUCACACGUUACUAGACUAUAAUUGUGUUACCCUGUUGUAAGCCUGCUCAUGCAUUUGUAGCUAUGUUACAUAAACUCUGGAAUCAGGACCAAGUGUCUGAUAUUGAUUUCCUUAAAUAAUGCAGCCUUGAAUCCUUUUUAAUUUUGUGUAAUAGGUCACCUCUUUUUUUAUUAGAAGACCCUGUUACAUUGUUUUCUAAGCACCUGGUUAUCAAAACAUAUAUUUCUUUGGGUUGCUAGCCAUAUCAGUUAAGCAUUACAAUAUUUACUCAGCAGUAAGAUUUUAUGCUGCAAAGAUUGUACUUUCUGAGGUGGACCUCCUUAGAUGUUUAUUAUUUUAUGGAGUUCUCAUCAGCUAAUGUUUUUAUGUAACUUAAGACUGUGGUUCUCCUUUGUCAAUAGAGAUCACAAUGAUGCUAAUCUGACAUUAGUUUUAUUACAUGUGACCUUUUAGGUUUUGCUAUGCUUUUCUUUACAUAAUUUGUACACUUACAGGUAAAUUCCCAUUGAAUGGGGAUGUCCCUUUUAAAUGGUCUUGUUGUACUUCAACUGUACUAUUGACAACAUCAAAUUUAGAUCUUUUUGUGCUUGGGAAAAUAUACAUAAUGCUAUUUCUGUCACAGUUAUGCUCUUUUUCUGUCUUUACUGUGGUAGUUUGAAAAUGCUAUGUAAGAUGCGCAUGAUGUUUUUUUCUUUGAGCAGGAAGAGGGAGUAGAUAUAAUUGCAAAUUCACUUCAUCCAGGAUUAGUUGUCACCAAUAUUGCCCGUCAUUAUUUGGGCAUCUUUAAUGGCCUUUUUCACAAGAUUGGUAAAUUGUAUUGAAGAGUUAGGAACCCUCUGGAAUUCUUCAAACCCUAGCAUUCUGCAGCUCUCAUGAACUCUCAACUUCCUUUCCUCUUUUACCAUUUGGUGACAAAGAGGGAAAUGGCAAGAUGAACUUAGUUCUCCACUUAGUUGCAAGAUAAUCCAUUUGAAGUGCGAACAACUCUUAGUGGAAUGUAACUUUUCUGAAGUGUUCUUGGCAAUUACAUGCCAAUAGACAUGUAUACACUUC